GUGACCGAGAAGCUGAAGUCCACCACAAACAGAGAAGUCUUUGAUAGCAAGACCGACAGACAGGUGAAAUAACUAUGAGCGAGUCUCCCGUUUUAUUAAACAAACACGAGGUCGAGAGUUUGCUCGGUUAUGAUGAUCUGAUUCCCAGACUGGAGUCUGUCAUGGGAAAGUUUUCUAAACGGGACAGUUCAGAAAUAAUCCAGCCUGUGAGAUCUGUGGUCCCUGUACAACAAUACAAUGGGUUUUUGGGCGUUAUGCCUGCAUAUUUGGCCGCUGAGGGUAUUUUAUGCACGAAGAUGGUGACUUUCUACCAGCGUGCAGAGGGAUCCAGUUUACCAUCAACUCAAGCGACCGUGUUACUGUUUCAUCCCGAGCGUGGAACUGUGACCGCGAUCAUGGACGGGGAGGCCAUCACAGCCAAACGAACCGCAGCAGUAUCAGCCAUAUCAGCUAAACUGUUCAAGCCUGCUCUUUCAGAGGUGUUGUGCAUCCUUGGUUCAGGGCAGCAGGCUAGAAGCCACUAUGAUGUCUUUACAAAGCUCUUCAAGUUCAAAGAGGUUCGUGUGUGGAGCAGAAGGAAAGAAAUGGCUCAACAGUUUGUUAAUGAUCUCCAAGAUCCUGUAACAGUUUGUUCUUCAGUGAAGGAGGCCGUGAUGGGAGCUGAUGUAAUAGUGACUGCCACAGGUGCAAGUCAGCCGAUACUCUUUGGCAAGUGGGUCAAACCAGGUGCACAUAUAGCAGCGGUUGGCGCUUGUCGGCCAGACUGGAGGGAACUGGAUGACGUCUUGAUGAGAGAGGCUGUGGUGUAUGUGGACAGCAGAGAGGGGGCGACAGCAGAGUCAGGAGAUAUCAUUCUGUCUGGAGCUGAAGUAUUCGCAGAGCUCGGGGAAGUUAUAAAUGGAUCCUUUCCUGCUCAGCGUGAGAAGACUACGGUAUUCAAGUCACUGGGAAUGGGGAUACAAGAUGCUGUCUCAGCCAAACUUGUGCUGGAGAAGUGGAACAGUGAACAUUGAAGAACCAACCAGCACAGCUUCCUCUGCUGAUUUCACAAUUGUCUUGUCUGCCACGGUGGUGGCGUCUUUAUCCUGAUCAAUGAUUAUGAGAGAAAAAACUGCUCUCGCAAUUACACAGUUAAAAGAUUAAUCAGUAAAGUCCUUUUAGUCUGAAAAAAAGCAACACUACUUUCUUUUUUUUUUUACACGUAUUGUAGCAUCAUUAAUAGAGUGCUGCAGGGGUGAUGUAUUUUUGUUUGCCAAAACCUAGAAAUGAGUUUGCGUUUUAGCAAGAUGGGUUUAUUUUAAAUGAAUCUUCUGUUAAAUGCCUGAAAUAAGGUCUGCAGUUAACACAAGCUCAAGAUAUUUCAUUUUAUUCUACAACAUAAAAUAUAUUAGUAAUAUUAGUAAUAAAUUUUCUUGUCUUGAAAAAAGCUGUUGCGGUAACACGUUACAUUUACUUACUAUUAUAAUAAUUAAUUAUGCAUAAUUACAUGCUAAGACAAACCCUAAUCCUAACCCUAACCAUAUAGUAAGUGCAUGUGGUUCAUUAAUAUUGCUCAGUACUUAAAUGUAUACUUAUACUGUAACAAGAGGUUGUUGGGGACAAUUUAUUUUCAGAACUUAUUUCCUGCAAUAAUCCAAAAGCCAAUAGAAAAACCCCACUGGAUUACGGUUGGUCUACAAAAACACAUCAGUGCAGCACUCUAUACUGGAACCUCACCAAACACUUCCAAAACGGUGGCAACAAAGAUGGAAACACAAUUCAUGUAUUUAAAAAUUGUAUUUCCAUCUCUAUUGCAAUGGGUUUGGAAGUGUCUAAAAUGACUGUACCCAUAUGUACAAGUUGGUGUUUGGUUUUGAUUGUUUGGCUCAAGGUUGUCUUUUAAAGUCACACCACAGAUGUUCAGCCAGGAUUAGGACUUGGCUUUCUGCAGACCAGUCAAGUUCUUCCACACUGACUGAAUCAAUCGUUUAUUUUGAAUCUUGCCUUAUACACAGAGGCAUUGUCAUGUUAGAAUAGAUAAGGGUCCUGUCCAAACUGUUGCUUUAAAAUUAGAAG